ACCUUGGGCACAAUAGACAAUAAUCCAGUAAUCGAAGCCCAGUUGAGUUGCUGAGUUGAGUUGCGUUGAGUUGGGUUCUAGGUUUUCCUCUUUGGACACACUUCAACAUUUCAACACUUCAUCAGCAUCCACACUCACUCGCUGCACCUUCAUCUCGAUCCUUCGGUUUCAAUGGCGUCCAAGUUCGGCCUCGCCGGAGGGAUCCCUGAGCGCAAGGUUCGUCCAAUUUGGGACGCCAUUGAUUCUCGCCAGUUCAAGAACGCUCUCAAGCACGUCACCACACUUCUCGCUAAGCACCCUAAUUCCCCUUACGCUCUCGCUCUGAAGGCGCUCGUUUUGGAACGAAUGGGGAAACCUGAUGAAGCGUUCUCCGUUUCGCUCAAUGCAAAGGAAUUGCUCUAUGCUAACGAUGCUCUGUUGAUGGACGACCUCACUCUCAGUACCUUGCAGAUUGUGUUUCAGCGACUGGAUCACUUGGAUUUGGCUACCGGCUGUUAUGAACAUGCUUGCAGUAAAUUCCCUAAUAACUUGGAACUGAUGAUGGGUUUGUUUAACUGCUAUGUUCGUGAGUACUCGUUUGUGAAGCAACAACAGACAGCUAUCAAAAUGUACAAGCUUGUUGGAGAAGAGAGGUUUCUUCUCUGGGCAGUUUGUAGCAUCCAAUUGCAGGUGCUUUGUGGCAAUGGAGAAGACAAGCUUCUACUUUUAGCUGAAGGCUUACUCAAGAAACAUGUUGCUUCACAUAGCUUACAUGAGCCUGAAGCUCUUAUGAUCUACGUUUCCAUAUUGGAACAACAAGCCAAAUUUGGGGAUGCUUUGGAAAUUCUCUCUGGGAAAUUGGGAUCACUAUUGACAAUUGAAGUUGAUAAGCUACGAAUGCAGGGGAGACUUAUGGCUCGGGCAGGUGACUAUGCUGCUGCUGCUGAUAUCUUUCACAAAAUUUUGGAGUCAUGUCCAGACGACUGGGAGUGUUUCCUUCAUUACCUUGGCUGUUUGCUUGAAGAUGACAGUAUUUGGUGUGAUGAGACUGUUAAUGAUCCAGUUCAUCCCCCAAAGUUUGUCAAUUGCAAAGUCUCACACUUGACAGAUGAACAGUUUGACAGUCAAAUAUCAAUUGCAUCAGCUUUUAUACAAAAGUUACAAGCAGAUACUGUCAAUAACUUGAUAAGGUGUCCAUAUUUGGCAACUAUAGAAAUUGAAAGAAGAAAGCAUUUGCGUAGGAAGGGGAAUGAUGACAGCUUAAUGGAUGGCAUUGUGCAAUACUUCUGCAGGUUUGGUCACUUGGCCUGUUUUACUUCUGAUGUUGAGAUGUUUACUGAAGUCUUCACUACUGAUAAGAAGAAGGAACUCUUGGAGAAGUUAAUAAAAGUCAGGAACGGUUUAUCAGCUCCACCAACCAAGACACUUGGGCUAUCUAUAAGCUUUUUCAAAAUCAAACAAUUAUUGCUGGGGGACAUGUUGAAAUCAUCCCAAAGUGAUCUUGAGGUUUCUUGUGUUCAAAUGUUUGAAAUGUAUUGCAAAAACCUUGUACUUUCAAAAGAUUUGGAUCCACAGGAGAGCAUGCAUGGUGAGGAGCUGCUUUCAAUGACGUGUAAUAUUUUGGUCCAGUUGAUAGAGAUUACUGAUUUACUGUUAUUCUGGCGUACCAAGAAUGUUGGCUAUUUGGUAGAGGCAAUUACGGUUUUGGAGUUUGGCUUGGCAAUACGAAGGCAUGUGUCACAAUACAAGAUCUUGCUGUUGCAUCUGUAUAGCUACUGUGGUGCUCUUUCAGUGGCACAUGAAUGGUACAAAUCACUGGAUAUCAAGAAUAUCUUGAUGGAAAGUAUUUUGCACCAUAUUUUUCCCCAGAUGUUGGUAUCUCCACUUUGGACUGAGUUAAAUAAUUUGCUAAAGGAUUACCUGAAGUUUAUGGAUGAUCACUUCAGAGAAUCUGCAGAUUUAACAUUUCUUGCAUAUCGCCAUAGAAAUUACUCAAAAGUAAUUGAAUUUGUUCAGUUCAAAGAUAGAUUGCAACACUCUAGUCAGUAUUUAGUGGCACGAUUUGAAACACCAAUUUUACAGCUAAAGCAGAAUGCAGAUAACAUUGAAGAAGAAGAGGGCAUCCUUCAAGGCUUGAAAUGCGGUAUUCACUUUCUUGAGCUGUCUAAUGAGAUAGGGUCAAAGUCUCUGACCUUCAAUGAAGACUUGCAGUCACGGCCCUGGUGGACACCAAAUUCAGAGAAAAAUUACCUUUUAGGGCCAUUUGAAGGGAUUUCUUAUUAUCCUAGAGAAAUAUUGACCAAAGAGAGGGAGGAAAGUUUAAAGAGAGUCAUUGAGAAGAAAUCCCUACUUCCACGGAUGAUCUAUCUAUCAAUUCAAAGUGCUUCAGUAUCAAUCAAGGAGCAUGUUGAGGUCAAUGGUUCUGUUCUAACAGAUAUCGCUAAAGAGCUGAAAAUAUUGCUGGAUCGCAAUGCACAAUUUUUGGGCUUUUCUCUUAGUGAAGCAAUAGAAGUGGUCAUGAGUUUCUCUGAUAGUGAAAAAUCUCCUGUGGUUUCUGACUCCAACUUGAUAGACUGGUUGAGUUUCUCUGUAUUUUUAAACGCAUGGAGCUUGAGUUCCCAUGAGUUUGUGCAACCAGAUAGAUAUGGACAUAGGCCUCGGAUCUGGGGCAUCUUGGAUUCUCUGCUGGAGAAGUAUAUUUUAGAGAAGGUUAGGUCGACAGAGCCCUGGGAUCAGUGUCGUUGGAGUGAUGUUGAACUUCUGAUGCAGUUAGUAAUGGAACCUUUGGCGUGGCAUGGACUUGUUAUCCAGUCUUGCCUGAGAUCCUGUCUUCCAUCUAGUAAAAAGAAAAAGAAAAGUGGAUCGGCUUAUCAGUCUAGCUCAAAUCUUGCUCAUGCAAUCACAGAUUCUGUCCUGCAUUUAUCUCGUGUUUUAGAGCAUGUUAUGAAAUGGAUAAGUGAAUGGAACAGAAGACCUGAAGAUGAGAGUUCGGAGGACAUUCUUUUUCUUGUUCGGAAAAAUGGUCAUAAUGAUGGACCGGGGACGGUUUUUGGCAUGUUAGAAACGUUUAUUUCCUCUGUGAAUGAUGCAGAACUUGGUGAUCGUAUCUCCCAAUCACUCAAGACUUGGAGUCCAGCUGAUGUUGCCCGGAAAAUGACAACUGGGAAGGUUAAAGCACUGAUGGAAUUUUUUGCCAUCUGCCAGUCAAAAUUGAAGUUAUUACAGUCUAUGAAGCAGCAGAUAGCUCAACUGUGAAAAAACGUCAUUUACUGGUUUCCAAGUUUUUAAUAUCAGCUUGACAAACGGCUCUUCAAUUUCACCAGACAAAUAUCUUCAAUGUCAAGGGUUGAGAAAAUGUGCUAUAGUUCUGCUGUUAUUUUCAUUUUGCAGGAUACCAUGUCUGAAGCUUCUGUGGAACAGGCUUCAUGUUUUGUUGCUAUUUUAGUAUUGGCUCUGGUUUUUGUUGGUCAUUUUCCUGUAAAAUUUUCUCAAAGAGUGGACAUCAAACAUUUUCCCCUCGUUUCGAGCUGUUGCCGGAUCUUUUCAGAAUUGUAGCUGUUUGUCUGAGCAAAAAUUUUGGCAGUGUAUCUACCAUUGGUUUGAUUGCUUUUUUAGUGAAAAUAUAUUAGCUAUAUUCUGAUCAGAUCUUUACAUCUUUCCAAUUUAGCAUCUCAUAAUGAAAUUUAU